CUGUCCGAAGAGGAUACAGUGAGUGUAUCGGUAGCAGUGAUCGAACAGAUGGAAGUUCGUCCGGAAGCUUUAGAAAUUUCCAGUAUUGCAUAUAUGAUCAUAAUUGGUUCAUCGGCUAAUAACUUCGUGGAUGGAAUGAGCAAUGGAGUGGCUUUUGCUAAAUCGUUGGGUGAGGGUCUGAGUAUAGGGAUUGCCUGUAUCGCGCAGCAGUUCCCACAAGAAUUAGGUACUCUUGCUAUCCUGAUACAAUCCGGAUUAGGAUUCCGAAAAACAUUGCUGUUGAAUCUGAUACCAGGUGCGCUCAGUUAUAUUGGAUUUACUAUCGGCGCACUGCUGGAUGAUUAUAGCGAAGGUGCUAAUGUUUUCGUUUUUGCUGUCUCAUCUGGCAUGUAUCUGUAUGUAUUCCUUGGAACUUUGGUGAGUUUGCUUUAA